AUGAUCUCAAAGAACCUUUUUUGUAUUCUUGCGUUCGCUUGCUUUUGUUUUACUGCGUUUGCUACUUCAGUGAAUUCUGGUAUUUACGUAAAACAUACCAACUCUUCUAUUUCAAAUAAAACUUCCAUCCCAUUUUUUAUUCACUCAAGCACGGACUUUUCUGUGCUGGUAUUAACCACUGCUCCAAUUUAUCCCAAUUCUAGCGUUUCUAUAACUUGGGAUUCCUUUGCUGGUUUUCACGAACCGGCUACACUUGUUCUCACCAACUUAAAAGAUCCAAAUUUUCUUUACAAUCAGAUAACUGUUAACGAUAAUGGAAUUGCAACUAUUGACUUGAACGAUUUUGGAGAUCUGAAUACUACUCCCGGAUACUUCAAUAUCAGUGUCUCAAAUAAAUUUGGUUCUGGCUCAUCAAAGACUUUUACUGUCCUUUCUAAAGAUGAACUCAAGAUCACGCUCAAAAAGUCAAGGUUAAGAUAUGGAAAACAGGUUGGUAUUAGUUGGCAGCCAAUCAAUACCAUGGGUCUCGCAAAUAUUUCCAUCAUUCGUCUUUCAAAUGGAACAGUGAGUUCGAUCGAAUCCAAUAUGGCAGAUAGUGGCUUUUUAAAUG